AUAAUUUUUUUUAAAAAUUACAUAGCCGUAUAGUUAGACAAUUUCCUAACGGUGCACAACCUAAACCUUUAGAACCUCUCAGCUUCCCUCACUAAUACGGACAUUCCGAGGCUCGAAUUGCAGAAGCUUGUUACAGAUCAAUUUUUCAAGUGUUGUAGCUAAAAGCCAGGAAUGAAUAACCUGUCAUCCUUGGGCCCGGGGCGGCCGGCCCUCCUCCCCUGGCUCAGGGACGGGCCUGCACCUAAGAUAAGGUGUGAAAUUGCUCCAGAGUUGAAGUAUUCAUCAUCAACAGAGAAAAGUGUGAAGUUGCUCGAAUCGGAGGAGAAUACAAAGUUGAAAGCAGGUUCAGGUCUGCGUCCGAGUCCAGGUCCUUACCCAGGAGGGAUGGGACCAUAUACGGGAAGGGACCCAAAUGUGAAGAAACCGAAUUGGUUGAGGCAGAGAGCACCUCAGGGGAAGAAGUUUGAGGAGGUCAAGGAGUCUCUUUCUCGCUUGAAUCUUCACACUGUUUGUGAGGAAGCCCAGUGCCCUAACAUUGGUGAGUGUUGGAAUGGGGGUGGAGAUGGCAUUGCAACUGCCACAAUCAUGGUUCUUGGUGAUACAUGCACUCGUGGUUGCAGAUUUUGUGCAGUUAAAACGAGCAGUAACCCUGCACCACCUGAUCCUAUUGAACCAGAGAAUACAGCCAAUGCUGUCGUAAGUUGGGGUGUUGAUUACAUUGUUUUAACAAGUGUUGAUCGGGAUGAUUUGCCUGAUGGUGGAAGUGGCCAUUUUGCGCAAACAGUCAAAGCGAUGAAGAAACUCAAGCCUGAAAUCAUGGUUGAAUGUUUAACUUCUGAUUUUAGGGGAGAGUUGAUGGCUGUAGAUACUCUCGUGCACUCAGGAUUAGAUGUUUUUGCUCACAACAUUGAAACCGUUAAGCGGCUUCAGCGAAUUGUAAGAGAUCCUCGGGCCGGGUAUCAACAGAGCUUGUCUGUACUCAAGCAUGCAAAAAUCAGCAAAAAAGGGAUGAUUACAAAAACUUCUCUCAUGCUAGGGCUUGGUGAAACUGAUGAGGAAUUGAAGGAAGCCAUGGCUGAUCUUCGGGCCAUUGAUGUUGAUAUUCUUACACUUGGACAGUAUUUACAGCCAACACCAUUGCACCUCACAGUCAAAGAGUAUGUUACUCCCGAGAAAUUUGCUUUCUGGAAGGAGUAUGGAGAAGCUAUAGGCUUCCGCUACGUUGCUAGUGGACCUCUUGUCCGUUCAUCAUACCGAGCUGGAGAGCUCUUUGUGCAGAGCAUGGUCAAUGAUAGAGCUAGAGGCACUUCAGCAUGAACUAAUAUUUAUCUAGAUAAUUUUGGUUUUCUUUCUCGACAACAAGAUAAUUUUGGUUGGUGAACGCUUUCUGUACUUCCCAAUUUGAUGAAUUACUACUAUAUAGUCUGUAUUGAGCUGAAUUCUUUUGACUAAUCCACUAAGCCUAAUUUCCUUUGUU